AUGGGUGAUGUGCUCUUUCCGACACAGGAGAACCCUGUUGCUCAGGACGAACCAAACGCCGCAUGUUCUGAAAGUGACAAACGACUUCUUGCUGCAGUUUUGGACAAGGAGCUCAAAGAAGCGGAAACGAUUCUAUCUAAUUCUGAUGUCAAGCUUGAUGCGAGAAAUCGCUUCGGAGAGACAGCCUUGCACAUCUCCUGCCGCCAUGGCUACCAUGCCGUUGUGGAAAAAAUGUUAACAAAGUUCCCCGACAUCAAUGGCAAGGACUACGACGGGUGGACACCACUCUACAGCGCUUCAUGGGGCGGAAAAGCAGAUAUUGUUUCCUUACUCCUGUCGAAAAGGGGCCCACCUCCAGUUAACAAAAACCAAAAUAAGACCGGUUCGAAACUUGAUGGUACAAAGAGCGGUAAACAACUCCCCGUUACCGGCAGUCAGAUCGAAAUCGAUUCGGCAGAUCCCCAGGGGAGAACACCUCUGCACAUCGCAAGCUUCUGGGGUUAUACAGAUGUUGUCAAAGAGAUUGUGCGAUACAAGACGACGAACCCCAAUAUUCAUGACGAUGAAAAAGAUUUGGAUAUGAAGGAUGCUACAAACCGUACGGCGCUUUACAUCGCGGCUGAAUCAGAUUAUUCAGAUGUAGUAAGAGCAUUAUCCAAUGCCGAUGCUACCGUUCUUGUUGAUAGCCGGACCGCUCUUCAUCUGGCAUCCGAGCAGGGAACUCCGGAAACAGUGGAAGCCAUUCUCGGCCUCCCAACUGGGUGGGAUGCCCUGACAAUUAGAACAACUGAUGGGAAGGAUGAAAUCCCACUCCAUCUCGCAGCUCGCCAGGGUGGUGCUUCUAUUGUCGAAGAGCUACUCAAACCGCGACCUGAUGGCUUCCGAAGUAGUACUGACGUAACCAGCGGACAGAAUGGGAUCGUCCUGGGGCAAAAGCCUGCCAAACGUGCUCCUGAUCGCUGGCCAAUAGCAGAUCAGAUUCGAGCUGAGAACUCUGACGGCAACACCGCUAUGCACCUGGCAGCCGAGGAGGGCCAAGCUGACGUGGUUAAGGUACUUCUCCAGCAUUCUGGGAAAGAUAUAUGUCGAGAUUUUUUCAACAAAGCUGGUGAGUCGGUACUACAUGUCGCAGCCAAAAAGGGGCGUUUGAAAGUCGUACAAGAACUCUUGAACCAGAAAGUUGACGUCAAUCAAGCCACAAAGACUGAUAAGAACACAUCUCUGCAUCUGGCUGCCGCGAACGGCCAUGCGCAGGUCGUGGCUGCUCUCGUCUCAAAGAUGAGUCCAACUGACGUGGAAGAGUCGAAAAACGCUGCUUCGGAGACUCCCCUUGGCGCAGCGAUUGCAGCUAAACAUUGGGAUGUUGCUCGCAAACUAUUGGAAAAAAUUCAGAAAGCGGACCUGGGGACGCUUGAAUCCGACGAUGCACUCUUUUCUGCUGCUCAAGAUUCCACAUCACACGAUAUCGUCCAGCUAUUGCUGAUGAAGAAGUCGGAGGGCAUGAAGAAGAGCUUAGAAGUGCAGGAGGCGAACGGAAAACACUCUGAACAGAACGAUUGGGGUCCACUUCACUGGGCAGCAUAUUAUGGAAACGGAGUAGUAGUCCGAUCGCUCCUUCUGAGCACUGCCUGGACAACACGUCAAAUGACAACUGCGCUCAAGGCUUGCAAAGUCGGCCUGGCAGAGUUGAAAACAGUCCCAGCACUGGAUAUCCUCGACAAGCCUAGCGAAGAACCAUCUCGUCUUGUGGAACGUAUGCAGGCCUCGGGAAAGGGGAGGGAUUCUCUAUUGGGUAUGGGUUCAUUGGGGAAGACUAGGCAAAGCGCUCAUGGCAUGACUAAUCCUCAAGAGCGCGAGAUCGAAGAAAGAUAUGCACUACCCCUGGAUAUGCUGCAAGACCCUCCAUUUCUCGAAGCAUCCGAUCCCCAGGAGAUAUACGAAAAACCUGAACUAAAGGAUGACGAUUUGAAAAACUCAAUCGCCGACUUCGAUGCUACUGUUGUGGAUUUCUAUCGAGACGGAGAUAGGUCUGGACUUCUACGUCGGUCUCGCAAGGUUUGCCAGGUUAUAUUCGAUGAGGGGCCAGAUAAGAUAAUGGAAAAUGCAAGAGAGACUCUGAAUAACUUGAACAGAGAAACUGGGAAAGAGAAAGGGUUCAGUGACAAGCAUCUCCAAUUCCGAUGGAUACACUUGCCAGCGAACAAUGAUUUGACAAAGAGGAUUUAUGUGGAGCGAAGACGGCCAAAAAAGAAUUACAAAGAGGUGGCAGACUUCCUUCGGCGCAGUUGGUUCGAACUACCGGAAGGUCCUUCAAAUGCACGCUUCAUGAAGCCUGGGUGCAAGAAGGAGGCCUUCCCUCUUCUAUCUCAUAGUCAAAAUUUUGCAGAUGUAUCAACUCAAACAUCUGACUCUGAUGCGAUGACGUCCAGUACUGGAGAGUGGUUGCCAACUACAAUCACAACACCACACAAUGAAGAAACAUCACAAGUAUCGUUCCGCAAGCUCGCCUUGUAUAUGCCAUAUUUCACAUAUGCCGACUAUACCCCAGCCCAGGCUUGCUCCAAUCAGCGGUCCUCUGGUUCUGACAUUGGGAGCGAUGAUGGCUCCGUGCUGGGAGAGGAUCUAAAGAAAUAUCAGAGAUUAUUGGAAACCUAUCGCGACAAGAUCAUCCACGGUUCUCGUACACUGGACGAAUCCUACUAUGAAAAUCUUUCAAACAUGAAAGAGCGAAACGAAGAUCAAGUCGUCACGAAGUACUUUCAGAAGCACCCCCGGCACUCGCGGGAAUCCGGCUACGCCCAAGACGGAAAUGUCUGGUCAGGGCGAUCUGAAAACGGAGCAAAAGAACAAGAUAAAGCAAUCACAAUCUUGAGGGUUGAUCAACUAUGGCUCUGGGUAAUUGAUCACCAGACGAUCAUUAGCAGCUCGACACAUCGCCUUGAUCAUAGGGAGGACCCUGUUUUGGAAAAGAUUUUUGCCUAUUUAAGAGAAGAGAAAGUUUCCAGUACGGGCAGAAAAGGCAAAGGCUUGCCAUCUACAGUGGACGAUAUGAGCAGGUUCAUCCCGAAAUUUUGCAUCGGCUUUUUCAAUCACUGUAACUGGAAAGGCGAGUUGGACAUCGACAAGUCCAUCUAUCAGAUGUUUGCAUGCUCAAUCAAUGAGGAGGCGAACGCAGAGUCGGAGCUGUUCGAUAACUUCAAGACCAAGAUGACCGACAUCGUCCAGAAGAUCGACGAGAAGAACAGGAGAGAAGGACGCAAGAUGUCCGAGCAUUGCACAGAUGAGGCCACCAAAGUCCAGAAGACUAUAAAGGCGGACGACACGACCUCAGGCGAGGAGUUGACAUUCAAGUCGAUUCUGAAAGCAGCAAUCCAGCUUCAGCAUAUCAAAGAUAUCCGAGAUGAACUCAAUAGUUUGAAAUCAAUCGUAACUCAACAGAAGAAAGCUUGGGACGACCUGUUGAGUGAGGAAUCGAACAAUGCCGAUGCAAGGACCUCUGCCAACACCCGGAGCCCUGCAGACUAUACGAUUGCCAACAUUAUGGAAAUGGACAAGGCUGCUUCACGCAUUCAAGAAUCUAUUCUCGAUGUAAUGGGCCUCGAACAAAACGAAGCGAGUAUUAAUGAGGCUGUCUCGUCGCGGAACCAAGCACAAGAGACCAUCGAACAAGGGAGGACUCUCAUGGUGUUCACUGUCAUCACAAUCAUCUUUCUCCCAUUAUCGUUUCUCGCCUCUCUCUUCGCUCUGGACAUCACCGACUUUCCACGAGCAUCACCCUCGGGGAAAUUCACUCCUGGCUGGGUUUAUCCGAAGUUAUUUGGCAUUACGGGUGGCAUUACAGUGAUUGCCAUCUUGAUCGCGUUCUCCAGGCCGCUCCUCAGGUUCUGGUCGACUGUCCGGAAGAAGCUCCCUCCUCCUCUGGGCAAUGCCAGUGCGGCAGCUCAAUCGUCACGGGGCGCUGCAGAUGUCCCCAAGGAAAGCAGGGACAAGCGACAGCACAACCUGCGCACCAGCUGGAGAUGGGCCCGUGAGACAGACGUCGAGAAGCGAGCACAAGCAUCUUACGACAUUGUGGAUGUGGACGAAGCAGACGAUGUUGUCAAAGAACGCGCACUCCUCCAUAGAAUGAGUUCAAGCUUUCAUAAUUCCAAGGCCGCGCUACAUGAGCUUGGAGUCAAGGGGGCUUUGAAAACCAUUAGGAACUCGACGAAGAGGGAGGCAUGA